CCGUUGUGCCUUUGAUAAUGUGCAGUCUGGUGCAAGAGUCAGAAACCAGACUUCUCCCGUGUGGCUUGCUCGCUCUCUCUUGUUUUCUGUCCUAAGAAUGCAGAGGGCAGUGCAGUGGUAACUGGAUUAUGUCCUUGUAACUUAUUUGAAAGAAGUACUUGAAGAGCAUCCAGGUCUUACCUAACUUUUAAAGCUGUGAGGUAUGUGGCUGAGACAGUUAUGUUACAGUAAAAACAGUAUUGAAGCUUAAAUCGAAUUUUCUGGUUCGCUGAGGACUGCACUGAAACUCCUGCCUCGCCCUGACAUAAUCCCUGCAGUUAUUCUUUUGGAAAGCGAAGCCUUCACGUCUUGGGCGGUGCUUGGGCAGGGAGUAGUGCGGGCACGACUUGAAGAGCUGGGCUUGGGGCCCGCACGCAGGGCUGUGCCCUAUAGAAAGGGAGAGGACUGGAUGACUGUCCCUGUCCCCAGCAUGGAGCUGAGGGCAGAGUUUUUUCUUUACUGACUUCCUGAUGUCAUCAGUAGUAACUCUUUUCCCAAAGCCGGAGCUCGGGGGUCGAAGUCGGGCUCUUGGCCCGCUGUUUAUUCGUGUUAUUGUGCAGUGAGUGCAUUCAGUGCAUGGGGCAAGCGUGCCGUCACUUCGCCUUAGUGGACGUGGACGUAUCCUGGGGAGGUGGGUGUUCCGCAGCUGCCGGGUGACCGGAUCAGCUCUCUUCACAUCAAGUUGUCAUUUCAUUUAUUUUUGCCUUUUUUGUUGGAAAGCCCAGGUUACUCCUUUCUUCCUCCAUAUGUAAAACAGAUAAAAAGCAGAGCUUCUGUCUUCCAGCUGAGGUCUCGGCUGUGGAGAAACACCACAUGAAGGAGGGAGUUGGCUUCUAUGGCGGCUUCCUUGUCAGGAAGUGAGCGUAUGCAGGUGCUCCUUGGUAUCCUUGAGGCACAAAUGCAUACACGCACACACACACACGUACACACCCCGGCCCGGGAUACACACACACACAUACACACCCGGCCCGGGAUACACACACAUACAUACCCCGGCCUGGGAUACACACACACACACACACCCCGGCCCAGGAUACACACACACACACACACACCCCGGCCCAGGAUACACACACACACACACCCUGGCCCAGGAUACACACACACAUACACACACACCCCGGCACGGGAUACACACACACGUACACACCCCGGCCCGGGAUACACACACACACACACACCCGGCCCGGGAUACACACACACACAUACACACCCGGCCCGGGAUACACACACACAUACACACACCCUGGCCCAGGAUAUACACACACAUACACACAUACACACCCCGGCCCGGGAUACACACACACACAUAUACACCCGGCCCGGGAUACACACACAAACACACAUACACACCCCGGCCCGGGAUACACACACACACACACACACCCCGGCCCAGGACACACACACACACACACACCCUGGCCCAGGAUACACACAUACACACACACCCUGGCCCAGGAUACACACACACACACACCCUGGCCCGGGAUACACACACACACCCCGGCCCGGGAUACACACACACACACACCCUGGCCCGGGAUACACACACACACACCCUGGCCCAGGAUACACACACAUACACACACACCCUGGCCCGGGAUACACACACACACACACUGGCCCGGGAUACACAUACACCCGUACACACCCUGGCCCGGGAUACACACCCACACCCACACACACACCCUGGCCCAGGAUAUACACACACAUACACACACACACACCCUGGCUCAGGAUACACACACACAUACACACCCUGGUCUGGGAUGCACACACCACACACACACCCCGGCCCGGAAUAUACAACACACGUACAUACACCCACCCCGGCCUUUGAUACACACAUACACACCCUGGCCCGGGAUGCACACACCACACACACACACCCCGGCCCGGGAUACACACACACAUACACACCCGGCCCGGGAUACACACACAUACAUACCCCGGCCUGGGAUACACACACACACACCCCGGCCCAGGAUACACACACACACACACCCUGGCCCAGGAUACACACACACAUACACACACACCCCGGCACGGGAUACACACACACAUACACACCCUGGCCCAGGAUACAUACACACACACCCUGGCUCAGGAUACACACACACACACACACCCCGGCACGGGAUACACACACACACACCCUGGCCCGGGAUACACAUACACUCGUACACACCCUGGCCCGGGAUACACACCCACACACACACACACACACCCUGGCCCAGGAUAUACACACACAUACACACACACCCUGGCUCAGGAUACACACACACAUACACACCCUGGCCUGGGAUACACACACACUUACACACCCUGGUCUGGGAUGCACACACCACACACACACACCCCGGCCCGGGAUACACAACACACAUACAUACACCCACCCCGGCCUUUGAUACACACAUACACACCCUGGCCCGGGAUGCACACACCACACACACACACCCCGGCCCGGGAUACACACACACCACACACAUGCACACACACAUGCCCCCGCCCAGGAUGCACAUAUACACACAUACACGCACAUACACGCACCUGCCUGGAGUGCACGCAUGCACACACACACAUACACACCUGGCCCGGGAUACCAGAAUCUGAGGAUGCUCAAAUUCCCUAUGAAAAUAGCAUAGUGUGUUUGCAUAUAACCUACAUAUGUCUUCCUGUACGCUUAAAAUCAUCCCUAGAUGACUUAAAAUACCCAAUGCUAUGUACGUAGGUGUUAUACUGCUUUGCUUAGGGACUACUGAGAGGGAGAAGAAUCUGUGCAUGUUUGGUACAGGCACAGCUUUUCUUCUGAAUAUGCCUGAUGCUCCGUUGUUUGAAUCCUCAGAUGAGAAACCUGAAGAUGCAGAGGGUUGACUGUAUGAAGGAAGCUCUUGGGUAACUCAAGGAAAAGGAGCUACAAAUGGUCAAACACCCAUAACUUAAACCUGCUAAAGCAAUACUUCCUAUUUAUAACACCCCUGUCGAUCUUGUGGAGCACGUGGGCCUGCUGCGCACUCCUAAGCAUCUUGAAGGGGUUCAGAAGUCACUGUUUCCAGUGGCCUGGAGGCUCAAGAACGUACCCAUUGCAGAUGUGGUUGAACACAACCUGGAGCCACAUCUUCAGCUUCCUCUGUGACUUGCCACCUACUUUGACCUUAGCUCCUCUCAGUGGCAAAGGGGACAACCGUGUGAUGGCAAGGAAGGAGCACGUCUCAACUUGGAAUAGCCACAUUUCAAGAACUCAGUAACCCUCUGUGGCUAGUGGCUACCAUGUUGGGCGACACCAGCCCCUCCCUCUAGUAGGUGGUGGUGUCACAGUGGUAAAGGAGAAAAUGUGGAGAAUAGCGGCUUUUCAGCCCAGGAACAUGCUUGAGACUCACCAAUUAUUUUGAUGUAAGAACUUGCCAGGUAUAGAAAUAAAGUGUUUUACAAAUCAAAUAUUUGAUUCAAAUUUAAGAAACAUUUAGGGCCAGCAUUCAGCACUGUGUUUUUUGUUGUUGCUGUUCUGUUUUAAGGUAGUCCUAUAGUUUAAAUUGAAACUUGAAAUAAAAUGGUACAAAGUGAGUAGCCGUCUGCUCAGCGUAGCCAGCUGGAAUUGUCAGGUAGGGAGACGCGGUGGGAGUGACAUGUGGUUCUUCCCUGCUUUCACUUAGGAGCUGCAGAGCACUGCAGGUGGAACUUGUGGCUGUGAGCAGCUGGCCUUUGAACUGAAUUACUGCUCAGGUUCUUAUCUGGCACCAAUGAAAACUGAUCACUACCGAACACUUCUGAGACUUGCUACUCUGAGAUCAGAUUCUCUGUUGCCAGCUGGCUCUCUUGACAGUUUUGGAUUUGCCAUCUAGUUUAAUUGAAACAAAAAUGAAAACAAAAAACCACAAACUCGUCUUCAUAGUCUAUAGUGUUAUUAAGCUUGGUUUUGUCUCUGCCUCAGUGGUAAUGGACUAACACCAGGGCAGAGAAGAGGCCUCCUGGCCAGCCACUGUUGGGCCUGUUGCCAUCUUGGUGUGAGAUUUUGGUUCCUAGCAGUUUUGCUUGUGCAAAAUACAUAAGAUCGUUCUAGUGCAAUUCCGACAUAACUUAUUCUUGUUUGAUUUGGAAUUCUAAAUUUACAGGGUAGAAUCCUCUUGUUAUUUUUUGUACUUUCUCCUGCUCUUACUAUUGCACAACCAAGUGGAAAUACUUUGUUAGAGGGUGGAAGAGUGUCCUUGGGAGAGGCCAUGGGGAGAGUUCUAUCGGGCUUACAUGGUAGGAGCACCUUUGCAAAUUCGUCUGUGUUGCAGGUGAUCUUUAAACAAAUGUGGCCCACAGUAACUGCACUUAGGACUUCAAAACUGAUUUUAUAAAAAAGAAACCCUAAUUAGUCCAUUGGUUGUCCAUACCAUCUAAAUGCUCAAGCAGUUUUUAAUAAAUUGAAAUAAUUUUUGUAGCUUGUUGAGAACAAUUUUCUUUUUAAUAGACAGAAGGUAAACUUCAGGCUAGUCCUUGUUCAUACUACAAGUCAGUAAAGGUGGCAUUUGUAAGCUUUUUACUAGGAAAAUAAUGUGGAGUUUUAAGAUUUCCUCUUUAAAAAUGCUUUUGGGAACCUAUAAAACAAUUAGAUUACACAGAUACCAGAGUGUUUAUAAAUGAAGGGUCUUCAGAAGUUCAUGGAAAAUGUGUAUUAAAGAAAAGCUGUACAUUUCAAAACGUAUACUAAAAUAUGCUUUUAAUUUUUUAAAAGAUUUAUUUGAAAGGCAGAGUCAUAUAUAGAUAGAGGGAGGGAGGAAGGGAGGGAGAGAUACAGAGAGAUCUUCCAUUUGCUGGUUCACUCCCCAAAUGGCUGUAAUAGCCCAUGCUGGGCCAGGCCGAAGCCAGGAGCCAGGAGCUUCUCCUGGGUCUCCCACAUGGGUGCAGGAGCCCAAGGACUUGGGCCAUCUUCCAUGGCUUUCCCAGGCUUUAAGCGGGGAGCUGGAUCAGAAGUGGGGCAGCCGGAUCUUGAACCUGUGCCCAUACAGGAUGCUGGUGUUGCAGGCGGUGGCUUAACCCCUAGUGCUACAAUGCUGGCCCCAUUUUAAUUCCAUUUUUGAUAAACUGGGGUCCCCUUUUACAUGCUUGAUUGGAAAUGAUGGAAUCUUGUUCUGGCUUUGCCCUUAAUCAGCUUAAUUUUUGAUAACAUUUUCUAUAUGUAAAAUAUUUUUUUCUUUUUUUAAAAGAUUUAUUUAUUUAUUUGAAAGUCAGAGUUACACAGAGAGAGGAGAGGCGGAGAGAGGUCCUCCAUCCGAUGGUUCCCUCCUCAGAUGGCCGCAACAGCUGGAGCUAUGCCGAUCUGAAGCCAGGAGCCAGGCACUUCUCCUGGUCUCCCACGUGGGUGCAGGGCCCAAGGACUUGCGCCAUCUUCCACUGCCUUCCCGGGCCACAGCAGAGAGCUGGACAGGAAGUGGAGCAGCUGGGUCUUGAACUCAUAUGGGCUCAUGGGAUGCCGGCGCCUCAGGCCAGGGUGUUAACCCACUGCACCACAGUGCUGGCCCCUAUGUAAAAUAUUUUACAGAUUUUCUGGUGAGAAAAUGCAAUAGAAUCUAAAGAUACACUCAAAGUUUUUAACCACAUUAAAAUAUCCUAAGCCUAUAUAUACUGUUGUCAUAUUUAAAGGAAUUCUCUAUGGUACCAAGUGAUAGAAUAAUGCAGUAAAAUAAUACAAUGAAAGACAAUACAGCAUAAGAGAAAAUUUUUAUUCAGGGUAUAUUAUUAGAUUUAAAAAUCAUCAUACUGGGGCAGAUGUUUGGCCUAAUAGUUAGAACACCCACAUCCCAUAUCAGAGUAUCCUGGUUUGAAACCUGGCUCCAGCUCCUGACCCAGGUUUCUUGUUGAUGCAAACCGUGGAAGGCAGCAGUAGUGGCUCAAGUGGAUGGGUUCCUGCCACCCAUGGGGGAGACCUUGAUUGCAUUGUUGGUUCUUGCUUUGGCCUGGCUCGGUUCUGGCCUUUGCAGGCGU